CCAAAAAACAGCCCUCACAAAACAACCCCCGUGACAGCCUUGGCCACACACUGACUCCAAGGCAACGUCCACCAAGGUAAAAUUGCUUAGGCGACGUUGCCUCAAAUAAGCCUUCCACCCUAUUUCGUCAGAUCUUACUCCUGUUUAUUUCAUUUUUAUUUGUAACUAAAAUGAUGACACAGGGACUGGGCAUGUGGUAGUGGUAUCCCUCCCUCUCUCCUCUCCCUCCCUUAAGUGGCUUCACUGUUAGUCGCAAUACACUCUUAGCCUUGGCCUCGGGCCCAGCCCUGCCCGUAACCGCCGGGUUCAAACUGGGAAUCCCUUCACGGGUUCUCCCAAAUAGUUUAGCGGGACAGGAACAUGAUGGGCGGCGCCAGGAAACACGCGGGUGGGUCCGGAGGGCCGGGGAAGGCGAGGCCUCGUCGGCCGGGAGAGAGGCUGCUCUAGCUUGAGGAGCUAGAAUCGAGGAGUUUAUUCGAGUGCUUGAAAGAUCCGCCGGGUAGAGAACGACGUCGAGUUUCGCAACUUCGCAUUCCUGGUAACUAACUCCAAAGCGGCUUGAAUGCUGCUGUCGGCUGCAGUUUGCAAGCGCUGGGUUCCUGGACCCUCAAACCGAGGACGUAAAUUCUCUUUUAAGGACUUUUCGACAGGUUUACUCAAGGUGGCUUCCAUCCUUCAACAAAUGCAAAGCAUCCCUACAGAAACGUGAUAUAUGUAUAGCUCAGGUAGAACACGAUUUCCGGUCCCUUUAAAACAAAGCCUUCAACAGGUUGCCUCAGAUGCUAAUCCUUCUCAGAGUAGACUCACUGAAAUGAAUUAAAAAUCCAAACAUUAAUUUCAAAGGCUCUGCCCUAGUGUUUCCUGCCUACGCACAAUGAUUCUAAAUAAAUUUUUAUAUACUAUGCUUGGGAUCUUAACCAUGCAUUGCAACUUCUGUUUAGCGGAUCGAGAUGCUGUGGCUCACAUCUUUCCUUCAUCCCCUUUAAUUGAAAGUGGUUCUACCUUGAAAGUUUUUUGUAGACUGGGCAAAAAACUUUUUCCUUAUAAAAAUGCAAGUCAUAUCAUCUGGACACUGAAUGAUGUUGUGAUUGCAGAAGAAAACUACCAAGUUAUCAAUGAUUCUGUCUCUGGAGUAGUUAUUCAUAAUUUCACUUAUGGAAGAGCUCACGUUAAAUGUUUUGUUGAUUCUCCGGUUAAAAAGCAACACCUGGCUCACUCUGAAGUUAGAUCAGGGUUUCCUCCACGGCCUCCUGAAAUUAUUUUCUGCAUCUUUUAUUACAAAAGUGGCUCAACUCUUACUUGCACAUGGACAUAUGAGAGGAACCCUGAAACAGUCUAUACUCUCACUAAACAGAUGUUAGCACCGAAUGAGGAAGAAAACUGCUCAGUGAAAAGGGCUUCAACAUUAGUAGGCGAUGAGAUACAAAGCUGCUCAACCCAAAAUGAUUCAUGUACAAUAUUCAAUCAACCAAUUUCUGCUCGGGAAUAUCGUGUCCGGGUGACAGCAAGAAAUCGCUUGGGGGAAGCAACCUCAGAGCCUGUUUGCAUAAUUUCUACAAAAAUUUUGAAGUCUGAUCCUCCUCAGAUAACUAAAAUAGGAACAGUUCCAGGGAUGAAGCAAACACUAAGAGUUCAUUGGGUUAAACCUCGGUAUAUGCCUCGAAGUGCUGAGAACAAUACGAGGUGCCAAAUUCGUUAUAAAUCCAUAAAGGAAAAUGGCAUGAAAGAUUACUUCAUGGAAGAAGACAGUGCAACAAUUGAUCUCACAAAUCUGUGGGAUUGUACAAACUAUACUGUUGACAUUCGGUGCGCUCAUAAUGACUCGAAGUUUUGGAGUGAGUGGAGUGCAGAAAAAAUGGGAGCAACAGAAGAACAAGCUCCCUUGAAAGUAGACUUGUGGCGAGUACUUGAAUCGCAUCAGCCCACUGGAAGAAGAACUGUGCACCUUUUGUGGAAGAAACAUGAAGAAUUCCCAUCUUCUGGAAGAAUAGAUAGCUACAGAAUGAAGUAUUUUACAAAAACCAAUCCUCCUUUUGAAAAAACUGUCAACGCUAAAAAUAAUUCCAGUUAUUUCGGAUUGACAGGGGAAGCCUAUUCGAUCAGUGUUGUUGCUCAUAAUAUAGCUGGAGAUUCUCCUGAGGCUGUUUUGAAAAUUCCAUCAAUACAUGAAGAAAGCAUGAAUCUCCAAAGGAUUCUUAGCUUGAAUACUUCUGCUUUAAAGGAGCACUUGUUUUUGGAAUGGGAAACUUCAGAGUUAGAAAUAAAUGAAUACAUUAUAGAAUGGUAUAAUGAAUUGGAGACAGAUCCAUACAACAGAUCUUGGGAAUACAUAACAAAUGUCACAAACUGGACAUUUCCAAAAGGAACCUUCAAUCCCUAUAUAUGUUACAACAUUUCAGUGUAUCCCUUACAUAAAGGUGAAGUAAAAGUGCCGAGUUCCACCAGAACCUACUUUCAAGAAGGAAGCCCGAUCCAAGGUCCUGCUGCUGUGGUGAAAUAUUUUGAUAAAAGUGAAGCUGCCAUAACGUGGGAGGAAAUUAAAAAAGCAGACAGACGUGGUGAUAUUAUUAACUACACUAUAUUUUACAAAGCUGAUGGUGGAAAAGAAUUGGGAGAAACAGUGAGUGCUGAUGUGCUAGAAUACCGCCUUAAAUCCUUGCAAGCUAACACCAAGUACACAGCUCAUGUUAUGGCAAGCACCAUGGCUGGAGGAACCAAUGGAACAGAGCUAGAUUUCAUCACCCAUAAACUUAGUGAGACAGAUAUUAUUCUUCUGUUUGUCAUUGUUGGAUUUUUCAUGCUAUGCUUAACAACUGUUGGGUUAUUGUGGGCUCUGAAAAGACGCACGUUGAAAAAGAUUUGCUGGCCUGAAAUCCCACAUCCGGUACUACCAAGUUUUCCCAAUGGAUUUCAGGAGAAGACAAUGCUGAGAAACUCACCCUCUGAGAAUGAGACACUCAGUGUUUUGAGGGUAGAUCCUUGUGGAAAGGAUCAUGAUGAAUUACACUCGCUGACCCUUGAAACCUGGUUGAACCAGACUGAUGUUACCUCAGACUUCUUGAUGGCCAACCAUGAGAUUUUGUGCAGUGAAGAACAUGAAGCUAUAGUACCUCUUGCACAAUCAACCUCUUUGGGGCAUGAUUUCAGGAAUCCACCAAUUCCAGCUCCAAAAGUGGAUUCUAGAGAUUAUGGAGAUGACGAAGUUCAAGAUCAGCCAGAGUUGAAGGAGAAAACUGAGUUCAACCUAUAUUUGAAAAACUCGGUCCAUACAAGAGAGUUCUUAGGCCAAAAUACAGAAGGAACAAAAGGCCAACCAGUUUUUGUAACAGGACAGUGUUAUGUGGCACUGGAUGCAGUUAAACUGUUCUCAAAGCCCUGUUCAGAGUAAUUUAAUGGAGCAUGAGACUCUAAAUCUCAGGGUCAGGGGUUUGAGUCCCACGUUGGGCAUUGCAGGGAGUUGGACUAGAUAACCCUCGUCUUUUCCAAUUCUACAGUUCUACGAUUCACUGAAAGAAGCAUGAUGCUGCUGCUGCUGCCUGAGUCAAGGAGAGUGUUGCAGACUCUGUUUAGCUGUGACCAUUAUUUAGGACAUGAAGUUCUCCGUCCGAUUUUAAAUUGGCAUCAAGCAUUUGAUGGCUUUCCAUGGUCCACUGUUCAUUAGCAAAAACAAAGUAGUGUAAUUCAUAUGAAGGCACUAUAUUUCUCCCCCACACCCUCUACCCAAAGAAAGAGUGAUCAGAGAUGGAGGGGGUGGCGAUCUCUCUGCAUCCCAAACUUCUGUGGCCAUCAGAAUGUCGGGAGAAAGUCAACUGGGAAGCUUUGACACCAGAGGAUCGAAAACAUAUUUUUAAAAAUGCUCACAAUCCUCAAAGUGUUCUAGAAUACUAGAGCACCUUUUUAAAACCCUAUAAUGAUUUUAGCCCUAAUAUUUCAUACCUACCUGGUAAGCAUGGGAGCAUAGCUGAAUAGGCAGGGGGAAGGAAUCAAAGCAUGUAAUUGAAAAGUUAAAUGGAAUUUCCUUCGAAGGAAACAAUAAUAAACAUGGGGCUGUAUCCCACAAGGUCAUACUCAGCAUAGAUCUACUGAAGUCAAAAGACUUACGUUUCAGUGGGUCUCCUCUGGGUAUGACUUUAAAAUACAAUGGGUUGUAUACAACCAAGUAAAAAGAAAAGUAAAAGCAUUAAGGACAAAGUUCCUUAGGCAAAAAUCCUAUUCAAGUGACUGAUAUGGUACCUUAUUUGGAUAGAUACCAAAACGUACAUAGUACAAAUAUUCCAUUGUUUCAAUCUACCUUACUGUGGAGUCUUAUGUUACUUGGUUUGCAUAUAGGUAAAUGGGAAAAAAAAUGCAUUCCACUCCCAUUUCACAUUGGAUGUUUGAAUCUCAUGUACCUUCUCAUAUAGGAAGACUUGUCAGGUUUGGCAAAAAAUGUUUUUAGCUGAAGAAUUUGAAAACUAGCCAAGUUGUGGUUUCAGCCUUUCCUGUAGUAGAGGAAUCAUGACAGCAGUCCAACUUCAUUCAGCUUACUUGUCCAUUUGUAGCUAUUUGGCAUUAUUGGUUGCUAAACCACCAGUUUAAUAUAUUUAGGGCAUAUUGCUGAUUGUGAAAGCAUAUUAGGCUUUCCAGAAAGAAAAAGGACAAGAGAGAGAAAAAGCUUCCAAAGAUCUUGUCAAAAUGAGAAGUACGAUAGCUAUUUCUCCAUCCAUUAUGCAGCUCUUUUUCUAUUUCUAGGCCCCCCCCCAGCCAAACCCUCUGUGGAAAUAUAGGGCCCAUUCAUACCAAUUACAGCAUGUAGUAGACCAGGAUUUUGGAACUUCUGGCCUUAUGUAUGUUGCUAGAAUCUAACUCUCUACACCCCCCAACAAUGUGGCCAGAGGUCACCAGCAUCUUCAGCACCACAGGUUCUCACACUUCUGAUGAAGAUAAUAUGAACGCCAAGCCAAGUUCUGUAUCAUUUUUUUGUAUUUUGCAGACUGCCUAGCAUACUGUUGGUGGUAGGUGUUCCUAAUACAGCAGCAAGGUGCAAGUAGAUGUUGAGUGGGUGAAAUGAGACAGCACCACAAAUAAACUCCAUAGAUUAUAACCCCCCACAAUUGCAGUUAGUUGUCCAAACAGAUGCUGAAAUGAUGAGCAAAGGAUGGGACUUGGAAUUUGUUCCAUCGCAUUCCCAGAUCAGGUGAUCACAACUACCAAAGCUGACCACGCCAGCCACUUUUAGAGGUUAAGCACAUGGCACGCAAUCAACUGCGGUGAUGACCUGGGUCCUUGGGAAACCAAAAAGCCUUUUUAUCUACCUACGCCCUAGCCAGGAGAUCUACAUGCCCUUUCUAGAUGGCAGCCCUGUUGGUAUUCCUAUAUAGUAGAAGUGCUGCUUUUGCCACAAAUUUGCCUAUUUAAGACAUUGUAUCUAGACAGGUUGUAGCUGCCCCAACUGCUCAACGCAGGAAGGUCUGAAUGGGGAUUGUAAACCUGUUAAACUGUGCAGUCUGAAUUCCUGAUCUGGGGGAAGGCUUUCAUUGCAUUCAGCCUAAGAGGCUUACAAGCCCCGUUUAAAUUGUGUGAAAGUCAGAUGUGGAACUGGCACAGUCAGUCUCUGCUCAUACAAUUAAUGAACACCUGACUAGUGCUUCAAUGGCUUAAGACCCCAGUUUCCAUGUGUCAAUGGAAACAAUAGUGAUGUACACUACAGAUUUAUUGUGAGGACAAACAUCAUAAAUUUUAACAAAAAUGGUAUAUAUUGAAAUGCUGCAUAAAUUGCUCAUAUACAAAACAUUGAUACAAGAUACAUGAACAAGAUCAAAUUUGUAAAUAUUGGUGUGAGACUUGUUAUUUAAUGUACCAUCCUACUCUGAGCUGCUGGAAAAAAAUGCCAAUUAAAGCAUUAAAUAGUCUGCUAAAUUCUA